UUUUCAACCACUUCACGACGGCGGGACCCUUUGAUACCACAGCGCAAACCCCUUGAGAUUUUCACAAAUUCACCCCCUUUUGGGCAAAAUAGAGAAACCCUGUUUGUUGUUCAUAGAAAACACGCAGCUUGUCAUUGAAUAACAGAGAAAAUAAAUUCAACAUUACCACCGAAGUAGCACCUCGGCAAGAUUGGCAUGCCAUGACUCUCCUCCCGUUCAUAUUGUACAUAUUUAACCCAUUCUUGGAAAUGACAUUCGUGCACCCUCCCCCUUUUUCCCCCACGCGCCACGCAACUCAUUCCAACGCGUGUGUGCGCACAUCCAAAGAUAAGAAAAGGAAAACAAGAAUCCCCGCAUGGUUAAAUUGUUAAUCUUGUCAGCAAAACAGAAAGCACAGGCCAUGGGCUAUACAGGCAAAGCGAGCGAUAAGCAAGGCUUGCCUUGCUUUGGUGUCUUUUGUAUCGGCCCGAUGGAACAAUGCCCCAGUGGGCUUAAAAAGGAAGGGAAGUUUUGGGGCCAAGAUGGUAGUUGUACUAGUAGUCUUUGCACAGUUGAGAGAGAGAGACAAGAGUUUACCUUGUUUUGCACUUGAACUCGCAUAUAUGUACUAUCUACAAUAGUUAUCUAUCUAUCUAUCUAU